CAGCAGUUUGUAUCUUGAGAAACAGAAAUUGAGACCACAGUGGAGGACAGAUAGAAGGUCCUGACUUGAUGAGUUGUUAGAACCUGCUUACAUUGGAGGCAGAUGGGAGUUUUGCUUACUGAAAGAUGUUCUGAGGGCAGAAACUAAUGGGAUUGGUUCAAUCAGGCAACCAAUCAGAACAGAGGAGAGGCGCGCCUAACUAAUUUGAAGUUAGCGAGAGAAGCAAGCGGUUGUUACUGUUUAUUUUCAUGGUCGCAUUUCUUGCUUAGCUCUAAGAACCAUUGGGAAGAUAAUGGAGAAAUACUGGCUGAAGGGUGUUUCCAAAAGGCUGAAGAAGAUACAUGAUGCCCGGGUUGAGCAAGAGGUUGUCAUUAUCCAAGGAGAGGAAAAGGACUUCAUGAACAUUUAUAUAAAUGAGCUGCAGGAAAAGCAGAAUAUGUAUUUCAAAGCUCCAGUCUCCACUCAUAAGGACUAUCAUUACUAUGCCUGUGAAAGAGCCAGCAAAGCCAGUGGGCAAAGUAAAGGAGAGUCCCAAAAGACCAGGGCAAAUUCUUGUGAGGCAUACAUAUCUUUUAAAUUCAUCACUGACUCCGGAUUCAGAGGUGUUGUGAUCCAUAAAAUGCUGCAACACACUGGGCAUGAUGUAUCUAAUGAAGAGGAUGGGAUAAAAAAUCGUAUACACCCAGAACUGCUUGGAUUUGUAGAGAUGUGGCUUACACAGGGUUGCUCAACAUCAGAGACCCUCCUGAAGAGCUGUGAUUGGGCACACAGAAAUGGCCAUGUUGAUAAACAAAAUCGAAGGUUUUAUCUAACCCCUGAAGAUGUACGCCUCAUCAAAAAGAAUCUCCAUGGUGUCACCUUUCCGCAUCGUAAUGAUUCUGUUAGUGUUGACUAUUUGGUCAACACUGAGCUACAACAAAACAUUUGUUUUUAUCAGCCACUCAUCCACCAGCAACCCCUUAUCAUAGUUGUUCAAACACCAUCGCAAAAAAAACUACUGGAAGAGAACCCCCAUCCCAUGGUUUUCAUGGACGCCUCCUAUAAAGGCAUUACAGCCUAUGGCUAUGCCUUUUACGCACUGCUGUUGAUCAAUAAAACCGGAAGAGGUGUACCAUUUGCAUAUUUUAUCAUGAGCAAGGAAUCAAGUGAAACACUAAGCCUUUGCAUACAGGAGCUUCAGCGAAGCAAUCCUAGCUUUUAUCCAAGGCUGUUAAUAGAUGGCUUGUGAAGACUGAUGGAGGGCACUUGACAGCUGACCAGAGAAAUGUGGUCAUACAUGCCAUAGUGACCAUGAAAGCAUGCCUAAGGGAAGAAGAAUUUCUGAGUGUGUCUGCUAAAAAGUGCAGCGAGAUUGACAACUAUUUAGGUAGUACACAUGUGACAACCUACCUAAAGACCCAUUGGUUCCCUUAUGCUGAGCUGUGGGUUAAUUUUGGCAGAACAUUCUUUCAUUGUAGCAGUGAGACCAACAACAAGGCAGAGAGAUUCUUCCUUACACUGAAGUAUCAGUUUCUACGGGGCCAGGCCAACAAGAGAGUUGACCAACUUCUACAUUUGCUGUGUGGAGAUAUGCAGAAGUAUUAUAGUUACAUGGAUGACCUCACAGUUGCUGGAAGGCUGAAAGUGGACACCUCCGCUGCUGCUAAGGAAGCUGCAGUCAUGCUUGAAAAGGGUCUUGGCUCAAACUUAAACAUGGAAAAUGGAAAAUGUUCUGUAAAAUCUGAAUCUGGUCCCAACUUCUACACUGUCAAUUUAGUUAACUUUAUGUGUGAUUGCGAAAGUUUCAGAAUAGGUAACCUGUGUAAGCACAUCAUUUUAGUGAAGACAGAGGCACAGAGGAGAGGGAUGGAUAUUGAGAAAAUGCGAAAUACAGAAGCAGAAAAAGUAAUCAACAGUCAACUGUACCACAAAAAUGAUGAAAACGUAACCGUCUUCCAUAGUGAUGGAAGCAUUAGUGUUGUCAGUCUGAAAAAUCCAACUUUGUGCACGUGUACAGCAAAUAGUCACAGAGAAAAAUGUGUCUGUCUACAUGUUGUAAAUAUCCUACAACCUCAAGAGCUACCCACACACUCAGAAAACACAGUACAGUCACAAAAGCCUGAAGCUGAACAGAAACCGUCUAUACAUGCCAUGUUGACAGACCUACUAGAGUGGUGCAGUUCAAAUAGUUUCAAGCCAAGCCAUGACCUGUAUAACACUGUACAAAGAGCACACAAGCUGGCUUUCAGCAACUUCACCAGUGUGUCCAAAAAAAAGAAAAUUGUGGCUUUACAUGCAUAUAGGCAACAAAUGAAAAGAACAAAGCAUGAGAACUUCCAACUAAAAAGAAGAACAAGGAUACACAACAGACUCCACUCAAAAAACUGAUUUUAUUGAACAUGUUGAACACUUGAUGUACAGUUAUUGGGCCGGUUGGAGACUGGCUUGUUUGUCUCUAUGGUAGGAGAAGAAUAAGAGAAUAUGCAAUACAUCAAUGCAGUAUAUGAAUGAAAAUAAAGAAUUAUAAAUGUGUACAAUCAAU